UCAUUAAUAAACCAAGCCCAUGCUCUCUCAACUACCAUAACUAAUAAACCAACUGGCCAUCUCUCUUGUCUGCCUCCCCCAAUACCAAAGCAAAGCCAAACCAGAAGAAGUGAAAAAAACCCACUCUCCCAAACCCUCCGUAAGCAAAACAAAACAAAGCAACUUCAUUUGUUUGAUUGUUUGUUGCUCUCAUGCUAUUUUCUACGUUGAGCUUUUGAAGAGCACAAAAGAAAAUCUCAUCUUUCAACUUCUAUUCAAAUGUGGCGACCGUGGGGCAACAAGAAAAUGCCAUUGCGGAUUCAUGAUACUUCAUCUCCUUUCUCCUGCUCUUCUUUCAAAGAUAUCCAACACCUUUGCACACAGGAUUCUUCCGCCUCCUCCAAAAGAAACGCCAAUGUCUUCUACCGCGUGCGAAUCGCCAACUCCCUCCUCCGUUCAUGGGGCCCCGCCCGCACCGGGAAAAUCACGGAUUCGGUUUCGGAUCCUUCCAUUUCCAUCCGGGCGCCGAGAAGCGGGUUGUGGUCUAUUUCACAAGCCUUCAGGUGGUUCGGUCGACAUUCGAGGAUUGCAAGACCGUGCGGUCGAUCCUCCAUGGAUUCCGAGUCUCGAUCGACGAGAGGGACCUGUCGAUGGACUCCAGGUUCUUAAACGAAUUGCGUGGGAUCCUGGGUCAAAGCAACUUGACUUUGCCGCGGGUUUUCAUUGGCGGCAGAUACAUGGGAGGGGCAGAGGAGAUCAAACAGCUCCACGAGAUCGGCGAGCUCAAGAAGAUCGUCGAAAGACUGCCCGCAGCUGAACCUGGCACUUGUGUCGUCUGCGGCGGUUACAGAUUCCUCUUGUGCAACGAAUGUAACGGUAGCCGUAAAUUGUACACUCAAAAAUCUGGGUUCAAGACUUGUACGGCCUGUAAUGAAAAUGGCCUAAUCAGGUGCCCUUCUUGCUCUUGUAAUUUUUUUUUUUUUUUGUUGUUAACAUAAAAGCAAAAAUUUUGGGUUAGUUAAUGUAGUUAUUAUUAUUAUUUGUCCAAAGUCCAAACAAUGAAUUCAUUGCUUAAGAUUGUAAGAGCAGAGAGCUGACCUUUUUUUCCUCUAAAAAGGAAGGAACAUAAGAAUAGUAGGAUUGUAAUUGUAUUUACAGUUAAUGAGUAGAGUUUCUUAUGAUGAUGAACAUGUAAAUGGUUGAGGUAA